AUGAGGUCGUCCAUGCUGGUCCUUCUCUUCCUCCUCCUCCUGCUCCUCGUCAGUCUCCAGGCGUCACUGUCCAACAUAGGGGUGCACCCGAUCCCCCAGACCCCCCUCCAGCACCCUGCUGACAAGGGCCACCACCACCACCACCACCACCGCAGUCCCAGCCCCACCAUCCCCACCAUCCCCACCGUGGACCCCAAGCUCUUCAGCAAACGUCGCUUCAGAUCGCCCCGCGUGCUCUUCAGCGAACAGCCCCCUGAGACUGAGCCCCCUGGUGUGGGGGGUGGUGGGGGGGGCAGGAGCAAGCGGCGCGCCGUCGGACCGCCGCAGCACCGGGGCGUCUACUCCGUGUGCGAAAGCGUCAGCGUGUGGGUGGGAAACAAGACGCGGGCCACGGACAUCUCGGGCCACGAGGUGACUGUGCUGCCCAACGUCAACAUCAACAACGUCAACAAGAAGCAGUACUUCUUCGAGACCACGUGCAGCGAUGCGCGCGCCGCCGGCUCAGGCUGUCUGGGCAUCGACGGUCGUCACUGGAACUCGUACUGCACCAACUCGCACACCUUCGUGCGAGCACUGACUUCCGACAAGAACCUGGUGGCCUGGCGCCUCAUACGCAUCAAUGUGGCGUGCGUCUGCGUGCUCAGCCGCAAGUCAUGGCGACAAUGACACACAAAACACAUGUGCACAUACCAGUACAUACACACACUGACACACACAUACACACACAGACUUGGUCAUACACCCUGCCCUCUAAUACUGUGGUCUUCUCACAGAAAGCGGCUUGUGUGGUUUAUUCAACAGUUUGUGUUAUAACGCCACACUCACUCUUGACUACAGUGUACCACACCUGACUGGGCGCUGUUAAAUUAUGUGGACAGCAUGUGUAUAGACCAUUGUAUUUUUGCAUUG